CAAAGUCUCAUUAGCUUUGAGCCCCAAAGUGAAAAUGAGUAGUCCUAAAUCAGCCACACUGAUCUUCUUAGUAUCAAUGGGUAUCGCAUCUUGCGCCAUGGCCAUGGACAUGUCCGUUUCCUCUGAUGACAACCACCAUGUAAUUGCUGCUCUCGGCUGCCGCAACAGCGGUUUUGAUGCCGAGGCAUCGUUGAUAUUCGAGUCAUGGAUGGUUGAGCACGGGAAGGUGUACGAGUCCGUCGCCGAGAAGGAACGGCGUUUAACUAUUUUCGAGGACAACCUUCGUUUCAUCACUAACCGAAACGCUGAAAACCUUGGUUAUCGGCUUGGUUUGACCCGGUUUGCAGAUUUGUCGCUCCAUGAAUACGGACAAGUUUGCCAUGGGGCUGAUCCGAGACCACCUAAGGACCAUGUUUUCAUGACUAGCAGCAACCGAUACAAGACUAGUGCUGGUGAUGUGCUUCCUGAGUCUGUUGACUGGAGGAAGGAAGGUGCAGUUACUAAAGUCAAAGAUCAAGGCCAUUGCAGGAGUUGUUGGGCUUUCUCGACGGUGGGGGCAGUGGAAGGCUUAAACAAGAUCGUGACAGGACAGUUAGUCACUUUGUCCGAGCAGGAUUUGAUUAAUUGUAACAAAGAAAAUAAUGGUUGCGAAGGAGGUAAAGUCGAAACUGCGUAUGAGUACAUAGUUACCAAUGGUGGUCUUGGUACAAACAACGAUUAUCCUUACAAGGCUGUUAAUGGGGUCUGCGACGGCGGCCUCAAGGAAAACAACAAGAAUGUUAUGAUUGAUGGGUAUGAGAGUUUGCCUUCCAACGACGAGCUUUCUCUAAUGAAAGCGGUUGCUCACCAGCCUGUAACAGCCGUUAUCGAUUCAAGCAGCAGGGAAUUUCAGCUUUAUGAAUCAGGAGUUUUUGAUGGAACGUGCGGAACAAACCUAAACCAUGGAGUUGUUGUGGUUGGGUAUGGAACCGAGAAUGGUCGUGACUAUUGGAUCGUGCGAAACUCAUGGGGAAACACUUGGGGAGAAGCUGGCUACAUGAAGAUGGCUCGCAACAUUGCAAAUCCAAGAGGAUUAUGUGGUAUCGCGAUGCGAGCUGCAUACCCCCUCAAGAACUCGGUUUCUGACGAUAUAAGGUCCAUGGCCUAAUAAUAUGAACUAAAUGUAUGUGUUAUGCGAGGGUUCGAGUGAGCGAAAAACCUAUUCGACUUUGAAACAGAAAUAAUGUAGUCAAUGGGUUUUAUUUUGUAAUAUAUUUUGUAACUGUUGAUUUGGAGUGUUGUAAUAUUUAUGAAUAUUUCGUUUGGGAUGAAUA